UCUCUGAGCCAUGUGCUGCCCCAGCUACGCUACCUGCACAUCUUCCUGGAGCAGGUUCACGCACACUUUAAGGAGCAGAGUGUCAGGGAGGGGGGCGCAGCCAUCCGGCUGACUGAGGGGUUGGCCCUGCAGCUCUACACUGACUGUCAGCUCAACAAGCUCUUCUACCGCGAGGAGUUUGUUCUGGCCACCUUGCUGGACCCUUGCUUCAAGGGGAAGAUUGAGGCCAUCCUGUCGUGGGGGCCAAUUGACCACUGGAAGCAAGUCCUCGUGUACAAGGUGAAGGAGAUUAGGGUGUCUGAAUACUCUUUGACUGCCCCAAGCCCCCUGCAAAGCCCCAGGGGUCUGUGCGUGGACUCCACCAGGGUAGCCAAGAGCUCCGGGGUGGAGGGGAGGAGCCAGGGGGAGCCUCUGCAGAGCAGCGGCCGCUCUGGGGCCUUCCUGCUGGCCCAGAGGGAGAAGGGCUUGCUGGAGAGCGUGGGGCUGCUGGCCUCCAAGAGCUACUGGGCCAGCGUCAUUGUCAAGAAGUAUCUGUGGGAGAAUGAGACCGCUGGAGCCCAGGAUGACGCCCUGGCUUACUGGGAGAAGAAGCGAGAAGCCUGGCCACCACCUAUCUGUCUUACCCCUGACAGGAGCCUUCUCUGAAGGCAUCUUUGCCUCCCUGA